UUUUCAAGAUCCCAGGUUGUAACAUAAUAAAGGGAAGGUGUUCUAAGGGAAGGCUUGUUUCACAGAGUAGUGCAACGUUACAUGCCUGAAACAUGUUUUGCAUACACGGCUAGCACAAGCCACUUUGUUACCGUGUUCCCUUGCAAUUAAAUUUCAUCAUAUAAGCAACUUCCGCUUCUCUUUAGUUUCUAACCUUAAUAAAGUCUAUUAAAAGUUUCGCGAACAUCGUUCACUGAACAUAAUGGAUUGAAGAUUACGUACAGUUCAUUAAAAAGAAAUAUUUCCAAUAUUCAUACUUGAUCUUUAUUUGAUAAUUAAACGAAUUGAAUAAUUGAUACACAAAUAUAAUUUAAUGCCUGACUUUAUCACGUACAUCUUGCAACCUAGCUAGGUUAUUAGAUUGCAUAAAUUGCAGUCUGAUCCAUACAGCUUGUUACUACUGAGGCUUAGCGUAUAUAAACCAUUACUACUGAUAGUGAUCUCGGACAAUGGUCAGACGUAAUACGUAUCUCACGUGUAAUUAUGUAAUCUACAACCAACUGUUACACCGUGAUUUCAUGAAAAUAUUUGAUUAUUUAUAAAUAAAUUACUUUAUAUAUUGAUAAACAUCGUAGUUAUUAUACAUGCAUGGAAGUAAUUUUCUGCUUGAUAACAAAUGUUUAUUUUGACAGAGUUUUCUGUUUAUUCACAAAAAGAGGAACACCAAGUAAUGCAGGAAGAUACAUACGUUGUUUCAUAAAACUCCAUGAAAAAAUUAACAAUAAACUAAAUAAAUGUAAUGAGAUUAAUGUUCAACGUUUGGUUACCCGUGCCGCACAUUAAUUAACAUUCAAGUAGUUAAUUUCGUUAUCUGUGUUGUAGAUUGCGAAUACAUACCGGUACAUAUGAUGGUUAUUGCUUGUGCAUGUACAAGAUGAUUGUACUAUAGAUAUGAAAUGGAAACUGUUUAGAAUUUCCGCACGGAUGUUAUUUACGUAUCUAAUAUAUCUCGUAAAAUAAGCAUCACUUAUUUUAUGCACACACUUCCAUCUAUUGUAGUUGCUUUCGAAGCACGCUUACGUGGAAUCAUGAUAAUUAAAACACCUUGCUGGAACAAUCGUUAUCGCGGCUUGUUCACCUUCGAAAUAGUUACGAAGGAAAGACUAAUAGAAAACUCUUAUCGAUGUAAUUAGGUAUAUCCGUCGUGAAACCUAAAUUUUCCUAGCGAACAGUGUAUCACGUAGCAGUUGCGAACAUGUCGAAUGCAAGAAUUUAUUUGAUAACUUUCGUAGACAGUGUGUUUGGCCCAAUUAAAUGCGGACCUGUUUUUGGAAUGGACGUCACCGAUGAUAACAAAAUCCUCAGUCAACGACUUUCCUUUCGAAAUCGCUAUCGACGAAGCCUCCUGGAUAGUAUCUUCAUUAAAACUUGGAACAGCGUUCGGUUGCUUUCUUUCGAUAUUCAUAGUUGACUUUCUAGGCAGAAAAAUUUCGAUAUUGCUUACUAUUAUUCCAACUUGCUUAAGUUGGUUAUUAAGAAUAUGGAAUCCAUCGAUUCUGAAUCUGUACGUGGCCAGUUUCAUAGGCGGGAUUGUGAGUGGCAUAAUUUUCACGAGUGGCUCAAUAUUCGUGACAGAGACCUCUCCUGCGCACAUUCGCGGUGCCUUGUGCAGUUGCUUCGUAUUAAUGCAUUAUUGCAGUAAUCUUUUGGGCUGUGUAGUCGGCUCAUUUAGCACCGUGUACCAAUAUUCUUACGUGGCAAUAUCAUUGGCAAUGCUGCAAUUCCUGAUAUUCAUUUGGUGCCCUGAAACUCCUUAUUAUUUGCUGCGCCGAAAAAAAUUCGCAGCUGCCAUGGAUUCUUUGAUAUUCUUGCGCGGUUCGGGUGACGUUGCCGAGGAAAUGGAUUCUAUUAUUAGAGCGGUCGAAUCCAAUCCUCGAUGCAAUGGGAUAUUGUCUUCUAUCUUACACUUAAUUUCUGAGUCAGGAGGAAAAGCUGCGAUCUUAAUCGGCGCAGGUGUAAUGACGGUGCAAGCGUUCUCAAGUUCGAUUAUUCUUAUCAGUUACGCCCAAACGAUCUUCGAGAAGAUCCACGACGUUCAACUGCAGGGGGUCUACACCAGCAUCGUCUUAGCAACGGUGUAUCUGAUCUCGUAUCUUAUGUGCAUUAGCUUGGUGGAUCGUUUAGGAAGACGACCUCUAAUGGUUAUAUCCACCAUAGGCGUUUCUAGUUGCAGUUUCCUUUUGGCUGUCUACUUCUGCAUGCAAGAGAACGCCGUAGAUACCACGAAUCUUCGGCUGUUGUCCUUCGUAGCAGUAUUAUUUUACACGAUAAGCUGCUCUUUAGGAUUGGCCAGUGUACCUUUCGUUGUUGUAAACGAAAUAUUUCCAAUCUACGCGAAAGCAACGUGUAUCAGCUUCUGUUUUUGCAUAAAUUUCGUAUGGUCGUUUAUCGCGUUGCGUGUCUGGAGUGAGAUCAUGUUCGAACACAAUGCAUAUUCCCUUAUCUUUUGGUUUAUUUCCGGUCUGAACACGUUCAGUAUCUUCUUUCUAGUGUUUUACUUUCCGGAAACGAAAAGAGAAUCGUUAUUGCAAAUUAGGAAGAAUUUUAUCGAGGGAAUGAAAAAGUGAUUAAUCAGGCCAUUAUUUUGGUUGAAAGGUGUAAUGAGUCAAUAAGCUUGAAAUUUCACGAUUAAUUAUGAGAAGAUGUCGUUGUCGAAAAAUAAAAAUAGCAUCUAUUAAAAAACCACAUAAAUUAUUUAUUGAAAAUGUUAGAACAACCUCUUAAAAGUCCAUUUUGGAACCUAUGUAAACAGGUACUGCGACAUAUAUUGUAAUUUACAGUAAUAUGUACAUUUAAGGAUACGAACAGUCUGGAAAUCGCCGAGUUCAUAUCGAAAUUUGGAAUCGUACAUACUUUACUUCGCAGCGGGUGAAUUUCGAGCAGCGUAAUCCGUAAUAGAAACUAGGGAACAAGCAUUGUAACUCGACAAUGGUGUAGUCGAAUCGAUACGAAAUAAAUAAUUUUCCAAAAAUUGCAUUGUAAACGAGAAAGAAUGUUCUCUUUCCGCCCGAAAAUACAAAUUUGUCUAAAAAUGUAUAAUACAAAAAUACGAUUGGUCAGCUUGAUUGCACAAUUUUACUCGCGUUUAAUGUACAUUCUGUUAAAGACACAGGGAUGUUCGUUCAUUUCGAAACAGUAUCGGACAUUGGA